UGUUAUCCAGAGUCCAUUACCAGCAAUGCCAUGGAAUGGAGUGUACGAAGCGAACAGAACAGUCCAGUGCCCACAAUCCGGCUACGGUGAAGAAGACUGCCUCGUCAUCAACAUCUUUACCCCGGUCCCCGUUAGGGGACACCACCAGCGACGUCCCCUACCAAUCCUGGUCUUCAUCCACGGCGGCGCUUUCAUCAGAGGAACCGCCCCAACCACAGGCAUGGAGUAUCUCCUUAAACAUGAUAUCGCUGUGGUGACACUCAACUAUAGAUUAGGCGUUUUAGGCUUCUUGUGCCUCGGCACUGAGGACGCACCCGGCAACGCUGGCUUGAAAGACCAAGUAGCCGCGUUACAGUGGAUCCAAAGAAACAUUAUCAAUUUCGGAGGACAUCCAAGACAUGUGGUGUUAUAUGGAACAGAUGCUGGAGCCGUUUCUGUAGACCUUUUAAUUUUGUCGAAGAUGGGCGCUGGCUUAUUUAAAGGGGCUAUAGUGGAAUCAGGAUCAUCCACAUCGCCAUGGUCAGUCGAUGUAGACCCAAUAGGAACGGCUACUAAACUAGCAGAAACAUUAAACUUUGUCCCAAAGGAUUUAGACGAUUUAGCCCUGUUUUACAGAAAGAAAAUUGUAGAUGAUUUAACCAGCAUAAAUGAGUUGUACCAUAAUAGUUUAAGUGAUGGGUCUGUCGGAUUUUCACCAUGUAUUGAAACAACAUCUAGGGCAAAACCGCAUAUUAGGCAAUUUCUGCAAGAGUCCCCGUACGACAUGCUGGUGAAUGGUAAAUACGACCAGGUACCAGUCUUGCUGAUUUUUUCUUCUUUAGAGGGACUUUUCCUGAAGAGUGCGCAGUAUUACCAACAGAAUUUUAAAGAGCGAAUGGAAAAUGAAUUCGAGUAUUUCUUGCCAGGCAAUCUAGGUUUUGAAACUGAAGAAGACAAAAGGAUUUUAGCUGAAGCGAUCAAGAUAUUUUAUUACGGGAAUAAAACUAUAGGAGAGCAGACAUUGGUGGAAAACUUGGAGUAUUUUGGGGAUAGUCUUGUUUUGCAUGGAAUAUUGAAAUCUGUAGAAUAUCAUUGUAAACGGAUGCCUGUUUAUUUGUUGGAGUUCUUUUAUAAAGGCAGCCUGAGGCAGUACGAUCCAUUGUACGAGAACAUAACAGUGGCAGGACAUAGUGCGGCGUCGGAACAUGCUUUUGUUUCGUCACUCAUCACGAAUUAUGAAGAUUUGCGAGCCGUGGAAACUUUUGCAGAGUUGAUAACGAACUUUGUGAAACAUGACAAUCCAACCCCACGCCUGACCUGCCUAUUGCCCACCCCUUGGCCGCGCGUUGGCAACCCCCAAAAGAUGCAGUACAUGCGCUUCGACGGAAGCCUCAUGAUGGCGAUCAGACCUCACUGGAGACGGAAGCAGUUUUGGGACAAUGUGUACAAGCUUUAUCGGACACAGCUCAACCCUGUGGAACCCUGUUGAGA